AUUUGAGGUUUGAAAGUCACUUGCCUCGUUCAUAUCCAAAACCUCAGCUCAUUUCUUAGCAAUGCCACACAACCCCAACCUUGUUUCUCUUUAGAUGAGAGAGAGAUCCGGAAGUAAUAAUCUUGUUAGCUAUGGCAGACUCAGAGGCCGGAACGAGUAGAGAUGCUGCACGAGCAUCAGCAGGUGAGUACCAAGUGUUCUUGAGUUUUAGAGGACCCGAUACUCGUAAUGGAUUCACAGAUUUCCUCUACCGUGACUUGGAAAAUGUCGGAUUCCGAGUAUUUAGGGACGAUGAGGAACUUCGUGUCGGUGAUGUGAUUGGUGAGAGCCUUCUAUGUGCUAUCAAUAGCUCCAUAAUCUACAUACCAAUCUUCUCCGUGACUUAUGCUGACAGUAAAUGGUGCCUCCGUGAGCUUGCAAACAUAGUAGAAAAUGUGUCUAAAUCAGAGGGUCAAAAACGUGUGCUUCCCAUUUUUUUCCACAUAGAGCCUGAGGAUGUUAAACUGAAGACUCCACUAUAUAGUGAUGCUUUAUCGAGACACGCGAUGAAGUUUCCCGACGAAGUGCAGGCAUGGAGAGCGGCUCUUGAAGAGGUGGGCAAAAUUAAGGGAUGGAACGUGAAAGAGGACCAAAGCCAAGCAAAGAUUGUCAACUCAGUUGUUAGAGAGCUAUUGGAGAAGAUGGAUAUAAAACAAAAAAUAUUGCCUCGACAUUUAGUUAGACAUCAUGCUCAAGUAAAACGCUUGAUAGAGUCGCUAGAUAUCAACCAAAGUGAUGUGCGACUCAUUGCAAUUUAUGGAAUGGGUGGGAUCGGUAAAACAACUGUGGCCCAAGUUGUCUUUAAUCAACUAUCUUCUUCUCAUUUUGGAAGCCAUUGUAGCUUCCUUGAGGACGUUCGAGAAAGCUCGUCGACCAAGGAGGGCAUAGUCCGGCUGCAAAAGAAAUUACUAUCUGACAUUGUUGGGUCAAGAUUUGCAGAACAAGUCAAGGACUGGGAACAAGGAAUGAAGAGGAUUGGAGAAGCACUCUCGAAUAAGGCGGUCCUUGUGGUUUUGGAUGAUGUUGCGGACGAACCGCAUAUUGAGAGUCUAAUAGGAAAUUGUUCAUUACCAUCAGGAUCUCGCAUAAUCAUUACAACAAGAGACAAAACUAUUCCAUCCGAUGAAGGAUUUAAUGGUGAAAUUCAACGAUAUGAGAUGCCAGAAAUGGAUGCUCCUCUUGCACUUCAGCUUUUUUGUCGGCAUGCUUUUGGUAAAAACUUUCCUCGGGAUGAUUAUUGUUCGCUUUCAAAUGAAAUUGUCUCAAGUAUUGGAGGGCUUCCUUUGGCCGUUGAAGUUAUAGGUUCUUCACUUAAAAGGAGAGACAAAGCAGUUUGGGAGGAGACAUUGGUCAAUUUAAAGAAAGUACCUAAGGAAAAAAUUCUAAAGAGGUUGAAAAUCAGCUAUGAUGGCCUAGACAAAAAUCAAAAACAAAUUUUUCUGGAUAUAGCAUGCUUCUUUUUCAAUGAGAAGAAGACCAAUCCAAUUUAUAUGUGGGCAUCUUGUCAAUUCAAUCCCCUAGGAGAGAUCGAAGUCCUUAUCGAGAGGUGCUUGAUAAAGAUACUGGACAAUGAUAAGUUUUGGAUGCAUGAUCAACUCAUAGCACUAGGAAGGGAAAUUGUCCAUGAAGAUAGUCUAGAUGAGUUUGGAAAGCAGAGCAGGUUGUGGAUUGCAGAAGAGGCCAUUGAAAUCAUAAGAACCGAAGAGAGAAAAGACAAGGUUCAAGCGGUUGACAUAGAUGGAUUGGAUGACUCCAUAGAGAUCACAAAUCAAGAGUUCGAAAGAUUACAAAAGCUUAGAUUCCUCAAGUUGCGGAAUGGAACCUUUGUUGGGGACUUUGCAAAGUGUUGUUCAAAGUUGAGAUGGAUUUCUUGGCGUUGUCCUCGUCAGGAUUUUAGGCCGGACAAUAUGUAUUUGGAUCAUCUUGUUGUUUUUGAACUUGGCGCAAAUGGCUUCACGGAUGAUUCAAAAGCAUGGAACUUGAUCGAGAGGGCGAAGAAUUUGAAAGUUAUAUCUCUUACUGAGUGUGCUGGCAUAACGACAAUCCCAGACUUCUCUAAAUGCUUGCGUUUAGAGAGGUUGACUCUUGCACGCUGCAACAGGGUAAAGAGGAUUAAAAGCUUCAUUGGACAUCUACAGUCGUUGCUGGAGCUAGACAUCAAAGGGUGCAUUGGUCUUACACAUUUGCCAGAAGAAGUGGGGGCACUAGUUGAGCUUAAGCGCCUCUCAUUGCAGGGAUGUUGUGCGUUGAGUGAACUUCCGAGCUCACUUGGUAAUUUAACCUCAUUGAUAGAGUUAGACUUAUCAGGUACAGUUAUUGCCAAAGCAAAUCCAACCAGAGGAUGCAACUUAAAGUUUCUAGCAAACAAAAAAGGAUGCAACUUAACGUGGAUUGGGAGGUUAUCUGGAUUGAAAAAGUUAGAUUUAAAUGUGCCAAACAUCCCCGCACUUCCAGAGUUGGCUUCUCUUUCUCAUCUGGAAGAGCUUACUCUGCAUAAGCAACGUCCAAAACUCGGGAAGCUUCCGCCCUCUCUGAAGUACUUGCAUAUAAGAUUGUGGACGUCAUUGGGAGAGUUGAUUCAUCCAUCUGGCCAGGUGCGUCAUCUUCUUCAUCAAUAUACAGUAGACUACGUGAGUGCACUGAUUUGAAAAUUGAUUUGUUCAAAUUUUAAUUUGAUGCUAUAAUUUGGUAAAACUACAGAAACAGUAAAAAGUCAAAUAUUAAUCUGAAAUUUACAUGGACAAAUUUUUUUUUAACCCAACAACGAAAAUAUAUCGGAGAUGAUAUUUACA